AGCACGUCAUGCAGCUGCAUCAAGGACUUUGUAUUAUCAACGAGCGCAACAAGAUUCUAUUCUAGAAGGGCUAUCUAUGAAGCUGUUGCAGAACGGCGGCGAAGCACAGCCUUACAAGAACUCGUGUAGAUUGUUUGACCCUAACCGACCCUGGCGAAAACCGGAUCUCAAGCGCGAGAAGUUCUUGUCCCCCUUGUACAGUGCCUGCUUCCAAGACCUACAGCCCAUUGUGUCCGCGCUGCUUGAAGCGGGCGUAGACCCUGACGAUGAGAAUCAUGGCUAUGGAUCCUGCCUACGGGUAGCGGCAUCUAAGGGACAUCUCGGAACUGUCAAGGCCUUGCUCAAAGCAGGCGCGAAUGUAAAAGACGGGGUAGACACUUACGUAGAAUGGUUAUGCCGCAACUACAUCAUAGCAGCAUCAGCUGCCGGCCACGCCGAUGUCGUGGCACUGCUGCUAGAACACGGUGCGGACCCGAACAGUUUUUAUUGAGCUACGGGCCAGCGCUGACAGAGGCUGCUCGUCAAAACCACGUUGAAAUCAUUCGCCUGCUGAUGGGAGCGGGGGCGGGUGCGGACCCAGACCAGUACCAUUUUAAGCCUAGGGACAUGAAUCCAGUGGAAGCAGCCUCGAAACGGGGUUA